AUGGACGUUCAAAAUCAUCAUUGGGCACUCGAAAUCACCCCUCUUUUUGUCGGAUUUCUCGGGGUCAUGACCGGUGCUGUACUGGUAGCAAUUUUCCAUUGCAUAAUGGUGAUUUGCCAUAGUAUGUCAAGCACUCAAACAUCUACAAUUUCCACGAAUCAAAUGCAAAGUAUUCCUCUAAAUAACCAAGAACUGAUGAGGGGGAAUUCAACAGUUCAACUCGUUGUUACAUCGAAGUACUCCAAAGAAUGCAAAGCAGAAGUAUGUGCUAUUUGUCUAAGUGAGUUCAAGGAAGGUGAUGAGGUUCGGGUUUUGGCUGAAUGCACGCAUAUAUUUCAUGUACUAUGUGUCAACCAGUGGCUCCAGAAUCACUGCAGUUGCCCACUUUGUCGGGCUACUACUGGGUUGGCGCCACUGUCACUUUUUAUAGGUUCGUUAUCAGAAUCUGGUGGCGUUCCAGUUCCACCGCUGGAUCUAUACAGGGUCCCGAAUUCUGGUGGCUAG